CAUUGACUUUGGGAGGGGCCUAGGCAUGAGUGGAGUUUUAUUGAAUAGAACUGUAUGGGUGUUUUGACUGCCUGUACUUCCCUGCCGUCCUGCUGCAUCGUAGCUUGUAUUCUUUGAAAGCCAGCCAGCGUUUAAGCUACAGAGAGAUACUUCAAGGACGUUGGUUUACUGUAUGUGAAUAAGAUCUCUGAGGUGGGAUUGCAAGGCCAGCGUUUGAUCAACGAGAGUGGUGUUGACAAUUCAAUUACCCCUAUUUUUACCAAGGCAGAGCAGAACAUUUGCCCGUAAACCAUGGAUAUGGAUGAGUUUGAACGCCGUAGGGAGGAACGCAGGAAAAAGCGUGAGGAAAUGCGCCGAGAGGUGGAAAGAAUGACCAGUCAGCGGACAGAUGACGACGAAGAAGAACUCGCUAAAGAACGGCGUCGCAAAGCUCGCCAGGAGCGGCUGCGGGAGUCCGCGCUCAAUCAGGACACGCUGGAAUUCAAUUCGCAGCACAGUGCAAUGGAAGAAGAGACCAAAGUUUCGAGAGCUCAGAACAUAAUGGAUGAUGAUGACGAGAUGGCAGAGAGGUUGCAGAAGAGAGAAGAACGACGUCAGAAACGCCUUCAAGAGGCCAUGGAGCGCCAAAGUGCAUUUGACCCAACAAUAAGAGAAACUCAAGACAUUUCGAAAGGAAUCCAAAGAAAUGAGAGAGAGGAGGAGGAGGAGACCAACCAACGAAAUGAGUGGCGGCAAGAGCCGGAACCAGAACCGGAAAUGGAACCAGAGCCAGAGCCAGAGCCAGAACCAGAACCAGAGGCGGAACCGGAGCCUGAACCUGAGCCCGAGCCUGAACCAGAGCCCGAACCUGAGCCAGAACCAGAGCCAGAGCCGGAACCGGAAGAGGAAAAGGAACAGAUUGUAGAAGAAAAAUUUGAAAAACCAUACCACAUUGAAAAGAAAAGCCAGGUAUGGAAGGAAGAAAUUGUUGAACGCACUGAGAAGAAAAUAACAAAAGUAGGCUCUGAGAACGGAGAGGCACUCCAUGAAGAGAUUACACAGAAACUUAAAAAGACGGAAAGAGUGUCGAGCCACUCAGAUUCCAAGGCGGCCCAAGAGGCAGAAGAAGCCGCAGCCAAACUGGAGGCGGAGAGGAAGCUGGAAGAACUGAGGCGACGUCAGGAUGAGAAAGAGAGCGAGGAGUUUGAGAAGAUGAAGCAGAAACAGCAGGAAGCUGCGGUUGAGCUGGAGGAGCUGAAGAAAAAGCGAGAAGGGCGCAGGAAGGUACGAGAAGAGGAAGAGCAGAAGCGGCAACAGGACGAGGCUGAGAGAAAGGCGAGGGAAGAGGAGGAGAAGAGAAAGCUGAAGGAAGAGAUUGAGAGACGAAGGGCUGAGGCAGCAGAGAAACGGCAGAAGCCAGAAGAUGCUGAGACAGCCAAUGAUAAUGAGCCCUUCAAAUGUGUGAACCCUCGCGGUUCCUCCCUAAAAAUUGGUGAAAGGGCAGACUUUUUGAAUAAGUCAGCGAAAAAGAGCACAACCACCAAGGUUACGCGCCCCCUACUGGGUGUCUCCAAGAUUGACAGUAAAUUGGAGCAGUACACCAGUGCAAUUGAGGUUGCCAAAACAACCAAAGGAGGCAAAUCUUCAGCUUCAGAUCUCCCACUGACAGCUGAAGGGGUGCGGAACAUAAAGAGCAUGUGGGAAACUGGUGAUGUGUAUAGUUCUACUUCCCCAUCUAAUAAGGGUACACCCAACAAGGAAGUAGCAGGCCUGAAAGUUGGCGUUGCCGGUCGCAUCAACCAGUGGCUCACCAAAACUCCUGAAACAAACAAAUCACCUGCAUCUAAACCCUCAUUGAUUCCUCCACUUCCUUUCUUUAUACCUUCGUUCAUUUCUUUCCGGUUUGGCAUAUCUUCUCCUUCUUUCUUUCUUCUACUUCCUGGUGGUCAGAGAUUCUUGUCAAUAAUCAGGAUGUGAAGCCAGGAGAUGUAUCAAGCAAGCGCAACCUAUGGGAGAAUAAAACUGAUUCUUCCAACGGAAAAUCAGCCACCCCUUCUAAGGUCAUCAUUGGAUAGAAGAUAUAUCUAUAUUCAUGCCCAUUCCAACUUUGUCAAAGAUGUAAACUGUUACAUCCCUGGAAUGGCUGUACAAAACAAAGAUGUCCACCAGGGAACUAUUUAAAUAUUAUUAGUGAUAAUCCAAAUAUUAUACUGAAAUUUUUGAUCCUAAUCCUGUAACUUAUCAAAAUGAAGAAAAGUUCUGAUUGGUAUUUUGUGCUAAGAUUAAUAAGGAAGAAACAGUAUUAGAAAGUUUAGAGCAAAUUGGUAUCAGAAUGGGUCUUCAAAAGUUAAAAAUUCCAUUCACCAACAAACAGUCAAAAUCAGAUCUUGACCCCCAAAUGUCAGUCAGAUGAGCUGGAUUGAAAUGUCAGUUUUCACUGUCACUUGAACGUGACUGCUUUUCGUUGGUGACUGUUGUCAUUUUACAACCAGCCCAAUCUUUCAAGUACAUUCACAUACCUGCUGAACCACUAGUGUACCAUGGAACAAAGUGAACAUUUCAAGACAGUCAUAUAACUUUAUUCCUGUCCACUUAUCAUCAAAUUUUCAAAGAUCAACAUCCCUGCUCCAGCCAGGAUCACUUGGCUCGAAAUUGGUUUACGUAGCUCCAAAAAAAAACAGUGCCCUGCUGUUGAAAAUCACGUUAACCCAGAGUGGAUCAAUGUUGGGUGCUUUAGCAUCCAUUGGGAAGUUUGCCUUCUCAUUUUUUGGUGGGUCUUUCAUCCUCCCUAGCACUUCCUUUCAACGUAAAGCUCUCCCAAAUGAUGCCAAUAGUCAUGCAAUAUAAAAAAAAUCUGCCUGCAGUGAGUUUUCCAACAUUGCUGGUCUGGAAAACAUUCCAAUUUAUGCACAAAACAACUAGGUUUUACUAAUACUGCAUCCGCUGAAUCUCUGCUGUCUGAAGGGCUAACACUCAAUCUGCACUUUUUGUUCUCACUUCCUAUGACCUCAAAGUCACAAUCAUAGUCACAGUCACUCUCAGCUUCCCAACUUCAGGAUUAUUCCAGGCUGCUGCCCUCUGCAUGAGGGAUUUCACCCAAACUUGACAUUCAAAGACAGAAGACUUCAUCUAUUUUUCCAUCCAGCCCACAGGACCUGGUCAUUUACCUGCACCACAGGUUUUCCCAAAGUGCAGACUUGCAAUCACAACCUCACAGAGGACCUCUUACCAGGAGUGCUUUGUUGAGUCUGGAGAAGACAGAGAACGUUCCUCCAGCAAGUGUUGUUCUUCACCUUCAUGGCCAGGUCAACCCCUUGGGAACACCCUCCUAACCUGCCCUCCCUUCAUUACGACAACAAUUCAUUGAGUAGCAGCCCUCUCCUGUAGCUGAAAGAGUUCUGACUGUAUUGUGGUUAUGUCCCUUUUUAGCUACACGCUGACUAAUGCAAGAACUUGCAGCAUAUCAGUACAGAUUGCCAUGUUGGAACUGACAAAAAAUAACACGCUGUUCUUUAAAGCUUGCCAUGGAAGUUCUAAAUCUUAUAGGACAUUCACAAACAGCUUUUCAGUGAUGCACACUGUCAUUAAAAAAGAUUGGUAUGGAGUAAUUUCUAGACUGUGGUGUUCAAAUUGCCAGCUGUACUCUGGAGAACUGUGUCUAGGCUCUGCCCAGGGUUUUGCAAAGUCAGGGAGCAAGCAUAAUUUGGUUAACUAGCCUCUGUAAAAUACCCCUCAUGUGUAGGUGAGUGGUAGAAUCUGGGAGGAGUGGAUGGGAAUGCAAGGAGAAUUUUUAAAAUAUGGGAUCAUUGCAAAUGGGUGCUUGAUGGUCAGUGUAGACCUGGUGUUGUGAUUCUAUGAUAAUCAGUGUGAAUGUGUAUCCACCACUACAUAUUAUGUAUUGGUACAUUAACAUGCCACAUGACCAAUCCGCCAACCAUACAUGUCUUUUGGUUAUUUAGGCCCGGUCAGAUUGUUGUAUUUGGUAAAACAAUCUCGGCAAGAAGGUCUCCAGCUGGGACUUGGUUCCUAUUUUGGCUCCUCCAGUAUUCACUGGUUGGGCCACAUCUCCCCUGUUAACACUUCUCCAGCAAAAGUAUCCCAAACCUUCACCUGGGCAGGUGGCAUCUUCAGAAAAGGAGUUCCCAAGGGAGACGGGAAUUUCAGCCAUUAGCAUGGGGGAGUGUGGUGACUGAAUUUGACACAUACAGGGGGUGAGGAGAAACGGCUGGCAAAACAGAUGAGAAAAUAGUGGCAAGAGGUGAAAAGGAGGAUAUAAUUGGAUAGGACAGAGGGCAGAAUUGAUGGAAAGGGGGUAAGGAAUCAUAAUAGGAGAAACAAGAGACUCCAGAUGCUGGAAACCUGAAACAACACACAAAAAGCUGGAGGAACUCAAUGGGUCAAGCAGCAUCUAUGGAGGGAAAUGCACAGUCGAUGUUUUGGGUCGAGACCCUCCAUGAGGACCUGCUGAAUUCCUCCAGCUUUUUGUGUGUUGCUAAGGAAUUGUAAAUGGAGGGUGCAGACGAGAGAAAAUGACUUGCAAAGGGAAAGUAUGUAAGAGAAACUACAUUACCAGGGGAGAAGAGGGAGAAAUGAUUGGCAUGGGGGGGGGGGGCACCAGAAUGUACCAGAAAGAAGGAAAUAGAUGCCUCGGAAGUGGUUGGCAGUGAAAGGGGAAAUGGUUCAAAAUUAAAUAAAGGGGGAAUAGGGAAAAUGAACUAAAGAGGGGUGGAAAAUGAUGCGAAUGCACAGCACAACAGGAAAGAGAAAACUGCCUUAGUAUUGUUGGGUAAAGACUAAAGGGGAAAAUAGGUGGUAAUGAAGGAGCAAAAAGAAGAGGAAGAAGCUGGAGAGAACCCUAGAGUGGGCGGAUAGCUGAGGAGAUGCUUUAUCGUGGAGAAGGCCUUUGAGAGUAACUCCUUUCUGAACCAGCAAAUCAUAUGUUUGAGAACUUAAAUCCCAUCAUGAUAAUUUGUGGGUUGAUAACAUAAAAAAUACCAUUAAGGCAGCCAGAUUCUACUUAAAAUCCCAAUGGAUUCCUGAAAGAUUUCCAAUGACCCCUCUAAUAUUCCAUUAAGGAAUUCAGGCAAGUUACAAAACAAUAACAAGAAAAUAUAUUAUAAAUAGUAGUAAUGACUAGGUAAUGGGUGACAAAUUUAGCUGCAUUAAUUCUGUGAAAGAUUAAUCCCCAUUUUCAGUGCAAGGCUCAGGGAUCAAGUGUACACAGAUACCUUCAGCAGAAGAUGCCAUGUGAACAACUCUACCCAGCAUCACCUUGAGGACCUUGCCAAGUUAUUUGUUUCCCUCUAUAUGACAUUACAAAGGUACUGAGUGUUUUGGACACAGGAAAGGUCAUGAGAGUGUUGCUGAAAACAUGACACCAAUACUGUCCACACCUCCCUCCAGUUCUUUCACCUGGCAAUGUGAAAAUUGCUUAGGUACGUCCUGUCCACCAGCCAAUUACUGCUCUGUCAGUCAUCAGCAAAGCAAUGAGAGGAUUAAUCAAUAGUUACCUUAGGUGACAUCUAUUCGACAUUAACAUUCACUGAUGCUAAAUGCUGGAGGAAAAAUUAGAGUUAUUGGUCCCGACAUUAAGACAGCAUUCAAUCAAUAUCACAACAAGAAGCUGUAGCAAACCACCCCCCCCCCCCCCCCCAGUGAUUACUCAUGCCUGAAUCACACAGGAAGAUGUGAUUGAUUGCAGGCCAAUUAACACAAUGCCAAAAUACCACUGUGAAGAAGUUCCCCAUCACGAUGUCCCUGAUCCAAUAAUGUUCAGCUGGUUUUUAAUCGAUAUUCUUCUAUUUGUCAUUUUUGGGCACAGUUAGUUUGAGUUUAAUUCCUAAAAUCAUAAAGCACCUCAUGUGAUCCUACAGUAUGGUCAAGGCCAAUGUGAGUACAAAAUGUUAGCCCACUCCUGAACCAUCUCAAGGAAGAAAAUACAGGGGCAUCUCCCCCAAAGUUUAACUUCACUGGCAGCAAAUUUAAGACUAUCAAUAUUUUGGGAAUCAUCAUUGCCCAAAGAAUUUAACUCAACCAGCCAGGUUCAUACUGUAACUGCGAAGACGAGGCACAAGCAAGUUACUCUGCAAUGAAUGUCUCACCUCCUGACUCCCCCAAAACUUUGAAAAAUUGAGCACAAGCAACUCAUAAUCUAUUGACUACUAGAUGAAAAACUGUGAACAAUUUAUUGCAGUCAUGAAAGAUGGGCUCCAACCCCUUCAAGCUUCUGUGCCCCAAGCUGAUAAAAUUAAUGUGACCCAAUGUCUCUCUGAAAGAAUUUUAAAAAAAAGCCAAUUCUGUGAACUAGGUAGAAAAUUAGUCAGGGUGCCAUAAUGAACAAAGCAAUGAUUUGUUGUAAUAAGAGUGAUAAUGAGAGUAACUUUUGGGUAAGUGAUGCUUUCUAGAAUUUGCAAACAACAAUCUCUUCCAUCUUUUCUUUUAAAAGAGGGAUUAAAAAUGUAUUCAGUGCUAUGUAGAAAAGUGCUUGUAAAACAAUUAGAAUGGAUUUUUAAUGUACAAGUUCAAUAAUUCCCAAUAGAACAUAUUACCGGACUACAAUUUUGUAUCUUAAGGCCUGGAUUCCCUUUGCAAGCUCUAAGUGCCUAGGUCUUUCUCUCCCUUCCAAACAAGCAGAGGAACCUUGUACACAAGUUCUGUUUGGAAUAACAUCAGGACAUUUAUUGAGUUGGCAACCCUCUUGUGAUUGCAUCUAUAUUUUUAAAACUAUAUAUUUUUAAAUGAACCUAGCUUAAAACUAUACUUGGUCAUGUUUCAUCUGCAGAUGUGGCACAGUAGAUAGAUAAUCUGAAAACUGAUUGAAGGGAGUACUGCUGGGGAGGAGGAGUUGGGCACAAAAUGGUAUAACUUAACACUAGAAAAAUGAUGACUAUUGUCCUUUGUUAUACCUAGGUUACAGCUGGAAGUAAAUUCAAGUCAGUUUCAGCAGGGGAUCACCGUAGUUACAC